AGGAUUUCAACUUUGAACUGCCAGUAUGAAAAGGAAUGACAAUCUGACAGGCAGACCAACAGCAGGCUGCCCGCCCAUGCCACUGUUCAAUCAGAAGCAAAGAAAUCCAACUCCUUUGACACUGACACCAUCUGGGAAUGACCUCUAUUCUCACGACGAGUUCAUGCCAAAUGACGGGUCACAUCAGAAGAAAAGAAAUCUAAUUCCUUUGAUGACAACUCCUUCUGCGAAUGACUGCUUUUCUUACACCGAGUUCAUGACAAGUACCAGAUCACCUGCCCCCUAUGGUGCAUCAGGUGCGUAUGGUUCUUACCAGGCCUUGGAAUCCUCUAAUGAUGCUCAACCAAGUCACCAGUGGACCAAACAGGACAUGGCCCGAUCUACUCAGGCUCCACAACAUAGUACCUAUAGACCUGCGCCAACAACGAGAUAUUACGCGCCUUUACCGCAUCCAUUCAAAACUGAAAAAACCCAAUCCAAGAUGGGAACGCCCAGCAGGUUUGAGGGACCACAGGUUUACAGAUCAGAUUUAACUUCCAAACAGAACCAAUAUCAAACAUCUACUAACAGUGUCCCAAGCAAGCAGAGAGCUCAUAGCGGGUUCUCUCAGAUGGGCCAGCAACCACCCGAAAGGCCGGCCGGUCCCACACAAUUCAGAUCUCAGCCUCAACGUGUCGGACCCCUCAGCGGGCCAGCUGCUCAGACACAAAACAAAUGGAAUUUUAAAAACACCUUUGGAGCGCAGAAGCCCACUUUUGUAGGGAAAAUGAGUGGAAAUAAACCCCAGACUCCACGAGAAACUCAAACGCAGAGAAGUGUUCCCCAAAAAGCAGCGUUUGACAACUCACUCAGAAUUUUGAAUGCAUCCAUUGAGGGCAUGAAAUACUGGAGUCAGUUUAAAAUCAAAGUCCCACUUUUUUUCGAGAUAAUCGCUACUCUUGACUCCGCCGUCACAAUUGGUCACCACGGAGCCAAGAACUUCCUGUUGAGAAAUGGUAACGAGGUUGUCCAGUGUGUCUUCUAUGAAAAUGAGCAAAAUCUGCCUCGUCUUUUCCGUGGUCAAGUUCACCGCUGUGUCGGUAACUACGACGGCAACAGAGAUGUCCUGGUGUGCAUGUCAAUUCGAGAAGCCAAGCCCUCGGAAGUCAGAAACGCUUUGAUUACUAUCAAAGUCUGCGAUAAUUACAUGCGCAAACUCGUCAAACUAUUCCAUGAAGUCUGAAAUCUGAAAGUUAAAUUCAGAUUUGAAGCAAAUAGCAGUAUUUUCACAUUGUUCACAGUAAUAUAGGCACAAUUUGAUAAGCUUCAUUUUUAUAAACUGUUUAAAAUAGUUAAUCUUGUUUUAGGUCUGCUGUUUGACAAGAACAUUUACAUGGUU